CCUGUAUCUACCUACCUACCUUAUGCAGGUAGCUACUAAGUAGGCAUAUAAAGUGUAAGAACAAGAUAUUAUAACAUGACUUCGUUAUAUCGUGUCCUGGACUUGAAGGAUAGUAAACGCACCUGGUUUUACAUCGCAAACAAGAAAGAAUCAUGGCAACUCCUAACGUGGGCCCUGUCACGCAGCUUCUCACACAGGUUCAAAGAAGCACAGUAAAGUAUCUAGAGUACUUCUCCAUGCAUUCUCUUCCUGAGCCAUCUUACAAAGAUGGCGAUGGGCUCGGUCCAAAUCAGCAGCUUCCAAGCGAUAUCGAAGCCGCUAGGAACUCCGCUCUGGAGGCAACGGAAGAAUUACAUCAACUUCUCCUUGGGCCCCUUGGCCUUAUACUGAGCUCCCCCGGUGACCAGUAUCUCAUGCUCAGCAUCCAGUAUAUUUGUCGAUACAAUAUCGCGGAGCUUGUGCCACUGCAAGAAGGCACGACUUUUCAAGCUAUAGCAACCGGUGCAGGUCUCAACCUGAAGGAUGUGACGCGCUUCCUACGUCUAUCGGCAGCAUGGCAUGUAUUUCACGAGCCUGCUAGAGACAAAGUCGUACACACGGCGGCAUCUCGCCUGCUGAUCAACAAUCCAAAACUGAAGGCAUGGAUCGACAACAUAGCUGAAGAGUUCUGGCCCUCGCUGGCGCGAACUGUCGACGCAACUCAGCGAUGGCCGGGAAGCGAGGAGCCCAACGAAAGCGGCUAUUCCUUGGGCCAUAAUACGGACGAUAGUCCAUUUGAAGUCAUAAAGCGCGACCCAUUGCGACAACAGCGUUUCAUGGACGUGCAAAGCUUUUCUCAUUCGCAUCACAGCUUCAGCAUCGAUCAUCUACUUGACGGAUUUGACUUCAAUAGUGUCCGCACGAUAGUGGAUGUUGGCGGGGCGCAUGGAAAAGCUGCCAUUGCGCUUGCCCAGAAAUAUCCUCAUAUCGAGAUAAUUGUCCAGGAUCAGCCGCAAGUCAUCAAGGGCUUGAAGCAGCAUGUUCCAGUGGACCUCGAGGGGCGAAUUCGUGGUAUGGAACACGAUUUCUUCACACCUCAGCCGUCUAAAGAUGCUGAUGUGUACCUCCUUCGCUGGGUAAUGCAUGACUGGAGUGACAAGUACUGCAUCAAGAUAUUGGAAUCUUUGACACCAGCUCUCAAAGGGGGGGCUAAAGUUGUAGUGAGCGAUAUCUGUAUACCCGAGCCAGGACAGCUGAGCGUCGCAGCAGACCGUGGGUUCAGACAGAUGGAUAUCUCAAUGAAGGCAUUUAAUAAUGCUCGAGAGCGUGAUGCGGAGACAUGGGCGAUGCUUUUUGAAAGGGCAGAUCCAAGAUAUGAGUUCUUGGGUAUUACGAUUCCUCAAGGAGCGAGGAUGGCCAUUAUCCAAGCUCAAUGGAGGGGCGGAGACAGGUGAUUGACUGUGUGCCUGACUGGUGCCCCCGCAUUGGGUUAGGUACCGAAAUACACUGAGCAUACGGUAUUAUUUCCUAUCAUGUAGUCUAGAUGUCAUGUCUUAUGAGAAUAAAUCCACAUUAUCCCGUUACUGGAGGCCUAAGGUCAACAACAAUCUGUUUCCCUCCUACGUUUCUUGAUCCAGGUUAAAUUCAUACAUUUCUGU